ACGUAUUCUCAAGUGAAGUGUUUAUAUUAACAUCAAUUAUGCAAGUAAUAAAUGGUACAUUUAUAGAAUUACACUCAUGGUUUGCGUUACAAACCCUUUUCAUAGGGGAGUUUUGUCACGACUCCCACACUACGAUCAAACGCGAGUGCCUCUAUUGGGUCGAUGAAGCUCAUUGUGCUACAGGGGACCAGAAGCUGCUGUACUUCCCCCCCCUCAUCCCCCUAAAUUGGAUUGCCAGGCACGACAGACCGCCAACAAUGAAAUGCAACAAUCCAGACAGCCCUCUAGAAAUACCAAAUUGGCAAACGUCUCGCCGCCACGCCGUCUCGGUCCCUCUCGUCUUGAGCUCAAUCCGUUCCACGCUCCCCUCCAGCCCUUCAUUUUGUUUUCUCUCUUAGAAACAGCGUUCACUUCGCUGGGGUGGGACGCCUCUCGCCUCUCCUCUGCUCAUUUACGAGAUUCAACGUCUUAAUAUUCAACGGCUUAAUUUGCACAGUGCAAGUGCCAAUUUAACCACGGGCGUGUUUCUCCAAAGGCUGCGUUUUCAUCUCGGGGGCUUCUUGGAAACAAGCUCAUUACGAAUGUAACCAAUGGUACGUGACAUUUCGAUGUAUAUAUAUUUUUUUCUCGACAGAUUUCAGCAUCAGUUCCGUCGCGUGCUCAAACACGACAUUGCGGGUACGUUCACGAUCAAGACUGCGCUUUAACUGCAACUGCACCGCCAAUACGAUCACUGGAAUGACCAAGCCCAAAAACAACUUCGCAGCGAACGUAUAGCAAUCGUACAUAGCGAACCGCAUCAUCUUUCCACGUCAGAUAUCUUGUCGAACGUGCAACACGCGCGCGCGCGAGCCGCACACUCUUUCAAAAAGAGGGGGGGGGGGGGAGGGGGGGUGGAGGGGAAUCGAUGGCAUCACCAAACUCGUCGCGACAUCACGACAAUACGUCCGUCGGAAGCAACUUCUCCGAGGGACGCGUGGACGGCAGUGACCGGCGGCUGGACGAGGUGGCUCUGUCGCCGGGCGCCCUCUCCGUGUGCGCUCUCCUGUCGCUCAUCGACAUCGUCACGCUCUUCGGCAACGCCGCGGUGCUGCUGUGCCCCUUGGUGGAGCGGCGUCUGCGCACGGUCACCUACAUGUUCAUCAUGUCCCUGGCCACCGCCGACCUGCUGGUCGCCUGUCUCGUCAUGCCGUUCAGCAUCAUCUACGAAGUCACGGGCGUUUGGAUUUUCGGAGAGCUCUUUUGCAAAGUGUGGAUUUCUUUUGACGUGAUGUUCUGCACAGCAUCCAUCGUGACCCUCUGCUUCAUCAGCUUGGACAGAUACUGCUCCGUGACCACGCCAAACCACUACCCAACGCGCAUGUCUGGGAAAAGGUGCAUCGCGAUGACCGUAUCCAUCUGGGUGUACUCGCUGCUCAUCUCCUUCCUGCCAGUCACGCAGGGCUGGAACGAGAUACCGGGCGUGCGCUUUGACGCGCGCCGCGAGUGCCUCUUCAUCACCAACUGGGCGUUCGUGCUUGUCGCCUCGACGCUGGCCUUCUACUUGCCCUUCCUGGCCAUGUGCACCAUGUACUUCUUCGUGUACCGCGCGUCACGCCUCAAGGCGGCGCGCGUCGCCUCCCAGACCCUCGACAUCCACUACCACCCCAACAGCCAGCGCCCCAACAACCCGCAGCUGGAGAACAAGGCCACGCGCACCAUGAGCAUCAUCAUCUCGGCCUUCGUCAUGUGCUGGCUGCCCUACUUCGUCUUCAACGUGGCGAUGAACGCUUACGGCUCCAAGCACGACAGGGUGGUGGUCACGAUGUUUAAAAUCAUGACAUGGCUUGGGUAUUGCAACUCGGCCAUAAAUCCCGUGCUCUACGCUUUCCUCAACCGUGACUUCCAGCACGCGCUUAAGACGCUCUUUCUGUGCAGCCGCAUGGGCUCAAGGGUUGACAAGAUUGGAGAAGACAUGGUGUCCAUGGUGACGAUAUCCAAAACGCUGGCGAAGGAGCAGGAAGAGCCAUGAGCACAGAAAGAGUACAAGCACAAAUCAAAUCAAAAUCCAGGUCAUUCGCCCAUUGUCCGUUUGUUAAAUUGUAUUUUAUCGAAAGUUUCCCCUGUGUCCGAUUGUGAAGUGUUUUUUUUCCCCCUUCUGAAAUUGAUACUGCUGAAAUAAAUAACAGCGGUGUAACAUUGAUGAUUUGAAUGAGCAGCACAGUGUCUCACCACCGUUAUUGUGAUUCGUGAAUGAAAAUUUCAAUAUAUUUUUUGUUAAUAGAAAAAAAUGCGUUACAAAUAUAUUUAACAGAUUUUUGCCACUGCCAGACGAGGGCCUGCCCAUGCUACGUUCAGUCAUGGGGAUAUUGUUUGACCGUACUUCACAACGCUGGUCAAUGGGAGACUUUGAGAGUGGGUACUCAGUGCCGGUUGAGAUAUUACUUGCCACCAAUCAUACUCGCAGCCAUGGCUAAUGAGUUCAUAACUCAGUGUGCAAACUACUGUGCCCUGCUCCACCCCUUCUGAUAUUUUAUUGAACAUGUUGGCAUGCUCAAGCCUUAAUUAAUCAUUCAUUUUACUUUUGUAUUGCAGCAACUUUAGUCGUUGGUGAACACACAGAGGAAGCCCGUGGAAUCCAGCAGGGGUCACCAAAAGCUAUCACAAACGUCCAACCAGUGACCCAGAGUAUUUUUUUAAACCAAAAAGUGUCUACGAUUUCUUUUUUGUAACAACGGUACAGAAGUAGAGUGCACAAUUAGUGAGUGACUGGCGCACACGUGAAACGCCUCUGUGUUCCCCAUGCUUUAUCUAGGAGGCCGAAACAGAAGGAAAAGAGGGGAAAGAGAAAGAGAGAGAUAAGGAUACGGGAGAAUAGAAGAAAAAGGGGAAAAUAAGAGGCACAUAUUGGGAAACAGAAUAACGAAACAUAACUU